AUGGAAACUAACUGGUUUGAAAUUUAUGAUAAGGAAUCUUCUGAUAAGACUUUUGAAGCUGUCAACUAUAUGAAUUACUCUGAGCCGAUUUCAGAAAACGAAAAAAUAAUCUCGAAUAGCUCUUCUCCUUUGGAAGGAAUAAUCCAAGAUUCUUUGGUAAGUUAAGUGUUAUGAGGUUAUAAGCGGACAGACCACUAGUCUGCCAAUCUGGCGUAUAACUACCUAACCUAAGAUUAGCUCCCUAGAUUAGAGCUGUCUCUUGUAGAUCCAAUAAGCAAAGACUAUGAGGGAGGCAUAACCUCUUUAGUCCAUCUGGCAAGCACAGGGAAAACCUUCGGGGGAGAAACAAAAACUUCUCACUUCUGCAUCCCAAACCGAAGGCCUACAUUAAAAAGUGACAGGGGCACUAUUUUCAGCUUCAUCUUGACGGGUCCUGCCUUCUCUAUAGGGAGUGCACCUCAGAGUCCAUCUUCCAUCAACGUCACCAUUAUUUUCUUCUUUCUUUGUUAAGGAUUUGAAGAAUUAUAUAUUCUUCGUAUUGCCAAGAUGCAGAAAGGGAAAUGCCUACAUUAAUUGCAGCUUAUAUAGAAAGUGAACUAAAGUAUGCAAAAGAUGUAUGAAUUUUAGAAAAUCUCGGAAAGCGGCUUAUUAGCAAUUUGAAGAGGCUGAGAGGGUUUACGAUAUGGCUGAAUAAAAAUGAGAAGGAUAAAAAGCAUAUAAUAAGGCAGUAUAUUGAAAGGUCUCUUUCGCUAGUUUUGAAGCAUUCUUUUAAAUAUCAUGAUAGUUGGACUCUUAAGCUUAAACAAAUUUUAAAGGAAGUUAUAUGAAAUAGUAGAUUAAUUGCUUAUUAACAAAUGGAAAAUGGAGAUUUAUGAUAUUUAGUAUCAAAAUAAUGGGUAUUAAUUAUAAAUAAAGUGAUAAGUUAUACAUCUUUGUGAAGAAAAAAAAUCCUCACAAGAUAGAUUUGAAAAGCGAUCAGGGACCACUCCUUCCUUACUAAAUCUUGAAGGAAGAGGCAAUGAGUCUGAAGCCAACCUUAAGAGGACCAUAACAGCUUUAGAAGAGUCGGCGUCUCCAGUAUAUAUUGAGAUUCCUUCUUUUAAUAAAAAACCGCCUCGACCUAAAAUAACUCAAAAUGGGACUCAAAGAUCAGAAACAAGCAUAUCUUCAAUGAUGACUGAAAUGAAUAAGCAAUCUACUCCAAAAGCAGGAAUUGAACAAAUGCUAAAAAGCCAUUCAAGGCACAACUCAAACGUUCUGCAUUCUAUCUAUAAAGAUAGCCCAAGAUAUAAUCAAUAUACAAAGUUUUUUCCUGAAGAAACGAGUAAUCAGUCCAGCAUAUUAGGAGUAAACGUCAGAAAAGAGCCAACAGCUUUAGAAAACCUAGGGAUCCUUGAUGAGCUCAUGUCUGGGAAGUGGAUUGAUGAAGCCCCAGAAAAGAAAUCGAUCAAAAGAGCUGUUGAUAAAUUAAAAACCGUCAAUUUCGCCUUAAGAACUAUGAGAUCUAUGACGAGAGAUAUGACUAAUCGAGAGGUAAAUAAUGAGACAAUUCAAGAAGAAUCUGGCAGAAAUAGAUCUGACACCAUAACAAAUCAAGAAAAAAUACCUGAAGAAAUAGCGUCAAAUUUAAGCGAGCAAAACGUCAUCGCUGAAGAAGACGAAAAAGAAGACGACAUUGUUUCUGAGCUGAAAAAUAUCGUCAAUCUAAGCGAGCAUACUGAAAUAAACAGAACACGACUUACUCCUCCCCCUUUCAUUGGAACAACUAUCGGCAAAUUUUCUAUUUUUUUUGGGUUCUUUAAAUCUCUUUAAAUUUGAAUAUUUUUUUUAAUAUGAAAAUUUUGAAUUAUUUCUUGAUGAAAUAAUUUAAAUCAAAAUAUUGCACUCAAUUUAUUCUAAAAAUUUUAUAGAUUUUUAUUUAUAUUAUAAGAACAUAAUAGAAAAAAAAUUAAAUAUAAAAAAUCCCUUUAUAUUGGAUCAGGAUUUUUUUUUUCCAAUUUAAGGAUGGGAUUUAGGAUGAAUUAUAAUAAAAAUAAAGCAAUCAGUAAUGUUCUAGGAAGGCAACGUCAUUAA